AUGGAGUUGUAUAACAUUUUAAUCUUAAUAUUUGUUGCAUUGUGGCAACCUGCCACACAACAUAUUUUUUCAAAUAAAUUUUACGAAAACUAUCAAAGUCAAUUGCGCACUCAGAAUGAAAUACAUAGCGCGAAAUACAAAUAUGAGAUUAAAACAAUUAAUAUGCCAGUAGAUCAUUUUAGUUUUUCAAAAUUAGAUACAUUUAAAUUACGAUAUCUUAUAAAUAAUACUUGGCAAAAAGAAGACAAUGCACCUAUUUUCUUUUACACUGGAAAUGAAGGUAAUAUUGAAACUUUUGCUCAAAACACGGGCUUUAUGUGGGAAAUAGCACCAGAAUUUAAAGCUUUAUUAAUUUUUGCUGAACAUCGUUAUUAUGGAGAGUCUAUGCCUUAUGGAAAUAAAUCUUAUGCAGAUAUUAGUCAUUUGGGAUAUUUAACAUCUCAGCAAGCUCUUGCAGAUUAUGUUGACUUGAUUGAAUAUUUGAGAUCUGAACCACAAUACAAGCAUAGUCCUGUUAUAGUUUUUGGUGGUUCAUAUGGUGGUAUGCUUAGUGCUUGGAUGCGUAUGAAAUAUCCUCAUAUUAUACAGGGGUGUACAAAGGCUAGAGCUUUUGCACGAAUAGUUACUUCAGAUUUUAGUAAAGCUCAUUCAAAUUGUCCAAAACUUAUUCGUAAAUCAUGGAGUGCAAUUACCAACAUAACUUCAACUGAUAAAGGAAAAGAGUGGUUAUCAGAUGAUUGGAAAUUAUGUCAACCAUUAAAAAAUGCAAAUGAUGUCAAGCAAUUUAAAUCUUAUUUAAAAGACAUUUAUACAAAUCUUGCUGUAGUGAACUAUCCAUAUAAAGCUAACUUUUUAGCACCACUACCUGCUUACCCUGUUAAUGCUGUAUGUAAACAUUUAACAAAUGAAUCACUAACUGGAACAGAGUUAUUAACAGCAGUACAUAAAGCAAUUAAUAUAUUCACCAAUUAUACAAGUGAAACAAAAUGUUUAAAUUUAAAUAAUUCCAUACCUCAAUUAGAUGCUAUUGGGUGGCCUUUCCAAAGUUGCACAGAAAUGGUGAUGCCAAUAUGUUCAGAUGGAAUAAAUGAUAUGUUUGAACCUAACCCAUGGAAUUUAGAUGAAUAUAGCAAAGAUUGUAUAAAACAAUAUUCAGUGAAACCACAAUCAAACUUGGUGUGCGAACAAUAUGGAUGUAAAGAUUUAUCAACUGCAACAAAUAUUGUUUUCAGUAAUGGUUUAGUGGAUCCAUGGUCCAGUGGUGGAGUGUUACAAAAUUUAUCUUCUUCAGCAAUAGCAAUAAUAAUUCCAGAAGGUGCUCAUCAUCUUGAUUUAAGGAGUAGUGAACCUAAUGAUCCAUAUAGCGUCAUUUUAGCACGAAAAUUUCAUCGCUAUUUUAUUAAGCAAUGGAUCAAAGAAUAUCGUGAAAAAGAAGAAAAACAUUACUAG